AUGCCAUCGAAGAGAAAAUCACAGGUGAAUAGAACAGGCGUCUACUAUUUAGCAGAUGAACAUCGGAAGUUGCAUCCGGCUUAUUCUCGAAUGAACAUUCAAGAUUUAAUUUUACAUUUACUACCACAGUGGCGUUCGAUGACACUUGUCGAAAAGAAACCUUAUGAAGAUUUAGCUAAACAAUAUAAACGUAGUCGUAUGUUAAAGAAUGAACAUGUUGUCACACCGGUAAUACCUUCGAGUGAAGAAGUGUCAUUUCUCGAACAAAAUAACAAUGAAAAUAAUUUCUUGGAUUCUUAUUUAUCAAAGAAUCUCCUGACAGUAUUCAAACGCGACUUCUUGUUUAUUAGUUUUCAAAUCUUUUGUCGAACGGACGAUGAAGACGGGGGAGAAUAUUAUCCAGCCGAAGUGGCUAUUAUGAGAUACUCAUUUGCAGAAAAAAUCGAACAAGAAUAUUAUACUAUAAUGAAACCAGAGAAAUUUCCCGUCGGAUAUACCGGCACGGCGAUUGAUUUGUCACGUGAAACGCAUCAAAUUCCACCGUUUGACUUUAUCGGAGCUAAUGGGGACUAUGCACAAAUAUGGCGAGAAGUUAGGAGAGUCAUUGGUGAGUCAAUCGUCGAUACAUCAACCAUACAACCGAUUGUAAUCUUCUGUAAUGCAUUUGAUCGCGCACAAACUACUUAUCUUCUUAAAUGGCUGGCUUCAAAAGAUGAGACACAAGUACAAAAACCUUCGUUUCGCGUAUGUUCCUUUGAAGCUUUGGUCGCUGCGCUCCUUCGUCGACUCGGUAUUGGUGAUUUUGCUCACCAAAGUGUUCGCGAACAGCUACGUCGUCCUGUUUAUACAUUGCAAAUUAAAGAUCGAUGUAUCUAUCAUGAUUCUCUAGCAAUUCAAUAUUGUUGUCGCGCAAUUAAUCACGGUUUCAGUCUUCUUCUCGAUGGAUUUGUUCGAGAACGUUUCAUUCAAAAAUUACCGGAACAUAUUCAAAUUAAAUUAACUGAAACGAAAUCAGCUCAAACGCUCAAACCUGAUAAUGUUAAACACGAAGCACACUCUGUUAGUGAUAACACCACAUCAUCUGUUGAUGAUUCCAUCAGUUCAACCUAUCUCGAAAAACAUCGAGGUGGAUUACGUCGUUUAACACAGCUACGCAAAAUUGAAGAACAGAAAUCAAGUACUGAUAAACUGCAAGCAAUUGGUGCAAAUAUAUUCAUUCAAUCACCUUCGUCGAAUCCUCCCAGCACAACGACUCAACGAAUGAGUGUUCUAUCAAUUGAGAACAAAUUAUCAAAAAUCAUCAAACCAAGAACCUUAUCUCCAAUGGAAGUCGAUUGUCGUUGGCCAAUUUCUUCACUAUAUAACAACAAUACUGAUGACGAAGAUCUAUAUGUGAUGACCGGUCGUGGCUUACGAAAAGCAAAUAACUGUGUAUCGACCACAGGCGGCACAAAUUCCGAACCUUUAAUAUUCACUACCGGCAUCGGUCGUGGACGUCGGCUUCAACUCAUUGCUCCGGUACCUGGUUUUCCAAUGUGA